UGGGCGAGGGGCCGCCUGGGAGGGAAGGGGGUUCCGGCUCAGCGGGGUCUGCCCGGGGCAAAGGGGUCUCAGGGCAAGACUGGGAUGGGGGAUGGACGCAGGGUAUUGAUGGUAGCCUGGGGUUGAGCCUGGGUGCGGGCCCAGAGCAGGACGUGGGUCUGGCCUUGGGCUGGUCCUGGGCUUGGGUGUGGGCACAGGCCUAGGGCAAGGCCUGGACAUCAGCUUGGGCCAGGGCCCAUCCCUGAGCGCGGUUGUGCCUGAAAUCACCACUCUCACCCCGAGCUAUCCCUCAACCAUGCCAGGACCAGCCUGGACAGCCCCGAUUCAGCUCCCUCAGCCCCCUGUCCUGCCCCGGCCACCCCACCCAGCACUCCCUGUGCUACCCACAAGCCUCCCGCACUUCACCCACCCAUCUCGUUCUGCCCAAUGUUUUUGCUUCUCAGUCCAUUUAAGGCCUGAUUUCACCCCCAGAGGAGAAGCCUCAGAGACUCCAAAGGGGCUUCAAGGUCCCCAGAGCCAUAUGCAAGUGCCAUGUUCCUGGCUGAGGGCACCUGGGCGCUGGUGGCCCCAGGACAGCGGCCCCCCCACGUCCCCCCUGCCCCCAGCCCCACCGACCCUCCGCGACCACCCCCGGUGCCGACGCCACCCGCCCGCGACGCCGCCUGCCACCAACGCGGCGUCCCCACGUCCCCACCGGCGCCAGAGGGCCACCACUGCAGUGACUGCGGUAAGACCUUCGGUGCCCGCUCCCGGCUGGCGGUGCACCGACGGGUGCACACUGGCGAGCGGCCCUUUGCCUGCACCCACUGCGGCAAAUGCUUCAGCCAGAGCUCGGCGCUGGGCCUGCACCGGCGCCUGCACACCGGCGAGCGGCCCCACACCUGCGCCGACUGCGGCAAAGCCUUCGCCGUGCCCUCGCACCUGGCGGUGCACCGGCGGGUUCACACUGGCGAGCGACCCUUCGCCUGCAGCCACUGCGGUAAAUGCUUCAGCCAAAGCUCGGCGCUGGCGCUGCACCGGCGCGGUCACACCGGCGAGCGGCCCCACGCCUGCACCGAGUGCGGCCGGGCCUUCGCCGUCGCCUCCCACCUGGCCGCUCACCGCCGCAUCCACACCGGUGAGAAACCCUACAAGUGCACCGAGUGCGGCAAGGCCUUUGGGCAGAGCUCACACCUGAUGCGGCACUUUGGCACCCACACGGGCGAGAAGCCCUACAAGUGCGGUGCCUGUGCCAAGAGCUUCACCCAGAACUGCAACCUCCUGCAGCACCAACGCACCCACACUGGUGAGAAACCCUACGAAUGCAACGCUUGUGGCAAAUGUUUCAGCUGGAGUUCCAACCUCCGUCGGCACCGCCGUCUCCACAGCGGCCAGAAGCCCUUCCAGUGCGGCCAGUGCGACAAACGCUUCGUCGAGAGCACCCAUCUGCUCGACCACCAGCGCACCCACACCGGUGAGAAGCCCUACCGCUGCCCCAACUGCCCCAAGACCUUCGGCCGCAGCUCCAACCUCGCUCGCCACCGCCGCCUCCACGUAGCUGAGCCAGGGCCCGAUCCAGCCCUGGCGAUGCACGAGGGGCUCUGAGGGGCUUCCCAAGGAGAUGGGAGGAGGUGGUGGAGCAGAUGAUGCUGCUUCUGUGGCGACCAUGGGGAUGUGGUUUGACUUGCUGGUGCUCAUCGUCAAUAAAAGGAUUCAUGGAGGAUCCAUACCAUGGUCAAUGGCUGCUACAACCCUUCUGAGGUGGCCACGGGGAUGCGGUUUGGCCCUGUUGGCGCCCAUUGUCAAUACAGAGACUUCAGGAAGAUCCAUGAUGUAGCCAGUGAUAAUUACAGCUGUUCUGUGAUGGCCGCGUGCACGUGGGUUGGCCCUAUCAGCACCCAUCAUCAACACAAAGACUUCAGUAGGAACCGUGACAUGGCCAGUGCCUGCUACAGCCCUUCUGUGGUGGCCACAGGGACGUAGUUUGGCCCACUGGCACUCAUCGUCAACGUAAACGGCUUGGGGAGGACUCACGAUGUGGCCAAUGACUCUAUGACCCUUCUGUGGUGGGAAUGGGGACGUGGUUUGGCUCCAUCAAUGCCCAUCGUUGGCUUGUGGGGAACCCAUGUAGGCAAAAAGCCAUGGGACUGGGGAAAAACACGAACACAAAGACUUAGGGAGGACUCAUGAUGUGGCCAACGGCUACCUCAGCCCUUCUGUGGUAGCCACAGGGGUGUGGUUUGGCCUUUUUGUUGCCCAUCACCAAUGCAAACACUUGGGAAGGGUUCAUGACGUGGCCAAUGUCUACCGUGACCCU